UCCAUUCUAACCCCAACAAGCAAUGGAUGUCUUCUCACCAUCCCAGGUCUACUAUGACCGAGCGUGCGCUUCCUCUCCGGACAGCCUGGAGUUCGGCCACGGCGGGGAGCUCACCGGCUCCGAGGAGGACGAGCAUGUCAGGGUUCCCGGAGCGCCCCACCAGCCAGGACACUGCCUCCAAUGGGCCUGCAAAGCCUGCAAGCGCAAGUCCAACUUUACGGACCGCAGACGAGCCGCGACGAUGCGGGAGCGCAGGCGGCUGAAGAAGGUGAACCACGCGUUUGAGGCUUUGAGGCGCUGCACCUCGGCCAACCCGAGCCAACGGCUGCCCAAGGUUGAGAUCCUCCGCAACGCCAUCCAAUACAUCGAGAGCCUGCAGGAUCUGCUAAGAGAGCAGGUGGAGAACUACUACGGCCUACCUGGAGAGAGCAGCUCCGAGCCGGGGAGCCCACUGUCCAACUGCUCGGACGGCAUGGCUGACAGCAACAGUCCAUUGUGGCAACAGAUGAAUGCAAACUACAGCGACAGUUAUUCAUAUGCAAAGAAUGACAGUUUGGGCGAUAAGUCAGUCGGAGCCUCCAGUCUGCAGUGCCUCUCCAGCAUCGUUGACCGUCUGUCCUCGGUGGGGUCCAGCUGCGGCCCGGCGGCUAUGCGAGACAUGGCGUCCACCUACUCCCCCGGCAGCUCUGACUCGCAGCCGUGCACACCGGAGAGCCCCGGAUCAAGGCCGGUUUACCAAGUCCUGUGAGGGACUAUUUGUUGUUGGAUAUAUUGCCACCAAACAGCAGCUGCAUAUGCAACAAGAAGA